UGAUAAAAACGGGAAUUUACUUUUUGCUCUUACCUCUAAAAAAGAGAGUAUUAGAGUUCGUUUAAACUUACAAAAAUUAGCCGAAGAAAAGAAAAAUUACCUAGAAAGUGAAUUUAAACUUCAAGAAAACAAAACAACCUACAAGGAAGAAUUUGACAGUGAAUAUAUUAUUGAUGAUGAAAAGAAAUUCCAAAAAAGUUUAGAUUUACUAAAUGUUUUACUUAAAACCCAAAAUUAA